AUGAGCUACUACGGCAGCUACUAUGGGGGCCUGGGCUACGGCUAUGGCUCUGGUUAUGGCCGUGGAUGGGGCAGCUUCCGUGGCCUAGGCUAUGGCUUUGGCGGCUUGGGCUAUGGAGGCCUGGGCUAUGGUGGCUACGGCUAUGGUGGCCGUGGAUGUGGCAGCUUCCGUGGCCUAGGCUAUGGCUUUGGCGGCUUGGGCUAUGGAGGCCUGGGCUAUGGUGACUAUGGCUAUGGCUUCUACCACCCAUCUUUCUUGGGAAGGUUUUAUUCUUCCGGCUUCUACUGA